UUUGGUUGUCCGGCAGCUCAGGAUUACGCAUUCUCGCAGAAUGAAGACGUCAGCCUUGUUCCUGACAGCCGUGCUGCUGCCGGCAGCCGUGUGGGCGGUUCCUGCUGUCCCGGCAAGCGCCGUGACGAACCGAUUCUUCAACGGUGAUGGCCAAGGAGGUUACCAGUACGGAUACGACUGGACGUUCCCGGCCGGCGAGGGCGCCUUCCAGCGAGAGUCCGGAGAUGUCGAAGGACGCAAGCAGGGCUCCUACGGUCUCAAGGAUACCGACGGGCGAGUGCGCAUCGUCAGCUACAUCGCCGACGAAGGCGGCUUCCGAGUGAGCGUUUCUACAAACGAACCCGGAACGAAGCCAUCGUCUCCAGCGGAUGCCCUUUUCCAAGUGCCCCAGGGACCGUACCAAGCGACGGCGUACGAAGCCCCUAAGACGGAGAAGAUCUACCAGCCCGUUAAGCCACAGAGCCCGACAAAGGUCGCAACGUCGGAGAGUGUACCUGCGGUUCCUGUUGCCGCCACUGCGCCAAAAGUGGCGGUCACGGCUCCACGGCUGGUGUUCCCAGCAACCCUGCACUACCAUCCACAUCCUCACGGGCCUGUCAUCUAUUCGCAGCCGACUGGCGUAAUUCCUGUGCACGGCAGGGUUGUGUAUGGAUUUUAAUGUCUUUUGACAGAUUGCGCGACUGAAGUCUCAUUAGCUUUCUCAAGCUUAUGUGAGAUGAGGGUAGCGCCAAUCGUGAACACAAAUUCAGAACACAGAGAAAAGCGGCUGCUAAGUUCACGGGCGCCAGAAUUGUUUCGUAACCUGUUGAAUACGUGUGGAAGUUUCUCCACGUACAGUCUUGAAGUCUAUAAAAGCGCGGCGUCUAUUGAUGUUCAUUGCAGAAAUUAAAUGCUUGUUGUUG